UGAUUGACUGAUAAGUAGAUACGGAAACUGAAGCCAAGACUCGCGGCAGAUUGGCUUCGGCUGAAAACUCCCAUCAAUCUUGGCCAGACUCCACCCAACUCCUGACUCGGUCUCAGCCAACAGCGAAAAUGGCACCAUGCGUGAGGGCGGGGCCGGCGGCACACAGAGAGCUUCUAUUGGUUGAAAGCGGCACUGGCCGCCUUCCCAGCGCCUCCAUUGGCCAGCUCCAUAAGGCGAGGAACCUGUGAGGGGAUGGGUCUGAACUAGGGAUGUUACGGAGCCAGCGUGCUGGGCUAGAGAGAGCUGGGAGCCUGUAGGAGAGUCCGCUGCGACCGCGCCGCUGGGUUUUCUCUUUCUUUUUUCUGCCUUCUACGUAUCCACACACAGCCAUUAGCUUAGAAAGACAUGACCACCAACACCAGCCCGUUGCACCCAUACUGGCCUCGGCACCUGAGGCUGGACAACUUUGUGCCUAAUGACUGCCCCACCUGGCAUCUCCUGGCUGGCCUCUUCUCCGUCUCUGGGGUCUUAGUUGUCACCACAUGGCUGUUGUCAGGUCGUGCUGCAGUCGUGCCACUGGGGACUUGGCGGCGACUGUCCCUGUGCUGGUUUGCAGUCUGUGGGUUCAUUCACCUGGUGAUUGAGGGCUGGUUCAGCCUCUACCAUGAGGACCUUCUUGGAGACCAAGCCUUCUUGUCCCAACUCUGGAAAGAGUAUGCCAAGGGAGACAGCCGAUAUAUCCUGAGUGAUAACUUCACGAUAUGCAUGGAGACCAUCACAGCUUGCCUGUGGGGACCACUCAGCCUAUGGGUGGUGAUUGCCUUUCUCCGCCAGCAGCCCCUCCGCUUUGUCCUACAGCUCGUGGUCUCUGUGGGUCAGAUCUAUGGAGAUGUGCUCUAUUUCCUGACAGAGCACCGCGACGGAUUCCAGCAUGGAGAGCUGGGCCACCCGCUCUAUUUCUGGUUUUACUUUGUCUUCAUGAACGCCCUGUGGCUGGUGCUGCCUGGAAUCCUCGUGCUUGACUCUGUGAAGCAGCUCUCUCUUGCCCAGAGCACACUAGACGCCAAAGCCACAAAAGCCAAAAGCAAGCAGAACUAAUGAGUGAUGGACUGGGCUUGAACACUGGCUGAUGAACAACUCUCUACCUGCCAGAAGAGUCCAGUCCAUGCUCCCACAGGUUGGAGGGACAAAGUGAAUUGAUCUGUCAAGCUCAGGCUGAUUGGGUGGGCACCAAAAGGGCCAGAGACGAGAAAGAAAGGAGCUGUACGGAGCUACUGCCAGGAGCCGUUGGAACAAAGGUACAAGAGAACACAGGAGGUCCGUGAUGGUGGCGAUUUUUUAAAUCAGGAAAUAAAAGAUCUUGACCCUGA